AACCAAGCGCGAUUACAAAUUCCCAUUACAGAAGUGAUUUACUAAUAACAAAGGAGGGAGCAACAUUGUUAGCUCCAUACCCUCACUAGUAAAAUAUCAGGGGUUUUUUUCUACAGCAAUGAGCUGCACGACCAGAAGUGCGAUGUUGAAGACGAGAAAAAAUAGCGAAGUUGAACGAGAAACUCGUACCAGCAGUAAGCGAAAGAAAUUGAAUUCGAGUCUUUGCGAUUCAAGUCAGGGAAAUAAAAACUUGAAAACAAAUGAAAACAAAGGAAAAACCGACCAGUUUCAGAAAGAAAAUUUUGAAUCUAUGCAAGCUUCCCCUACAACUUCCACACCUGCACAGUGCAACCAAUUUUCCCACACAAUCCUUGAUUUCUCAUGCCUGGGCAGUCAUUCGAGGACACCUUUACCCAUUUUGAACUGGGCAGACUCUGAUGACUUUUGGACAUUCUUGAAAGAAACAGAUAAAAAGUAUCCCGUAUGUGGUCAGUAUAUGAGUCAGCAUCCUUCACUGCAGCCAAAGAUGAGAACUAUUUUACUGGACUGGUUAAUUGAGGUCUGUGAGGUGUACCGGCUACACAGAGAAACAUUUCAUCUUGCAGUAGGCUAUGUAGACAGAUAUCUCAAGGUUAAGAAAGACAUUCAUAAAUCGACAUUACAACUUGUUGGAGUCACAGCCUUGUUUAUUGCUGCUAAACUAGAAGAAAUCUAUCCUCCAAAGGUUGCUGAGUUUGCGUAUGUAACUGAUGGCGCAUGUACAGAGGAUGAAAUCCAAAUAGAAGAACUGGUUAUGCUAGAGGUGUUAAAUUGGAAGUUGACACCAGUCACUAUAAACACAUGGAUAAGAAUAUACUUGCAACUAGAGAGCUACAAGCAAGAUGAGAAGGCAGCUUUAUUUCUAACUCCAGCAUUUUCUGGUAAAGAUCUUGUGCAGUCAGCAAAGCUUGCUGACUUGUGUGUAUUAGAUAUGGAAUCAAUUGACUUUCCAAAUAGAAUUUUGGCUGCAGCGGCAGUGCAUUAUACAGUCUCAACAGAUAUAGUCAAAGUUACUGAUAUAGAUUGGUCAGAGUUAUAUCCAUGCAUACAGUGGAUGAGGCCAUUUGCGGAAGCUGUUCAUGAACAGGGAAUGGUUGAAGUGAGACUCUUUGAUAAGAUUCCUGCUGAAGAUUGUGCAAAUAUUCAAACACACACUACAAAUAAGGCAUUGAUGGCCGAUGUUGCAAUCCGCAAGAGCAAAUAUAGUCAAAUUUCUUCCUUAACAAGAUGCAGUCCACCAUCCCCUACAUUUGGUGUCUUAACCCCUCCUAGCAGUUCAAAGAAAGGCAAAAUGAACAGAUAACAGUGUGAUGGAAAUAUAUGAUAAGUGUAAAGGAUUGCAGAAUGUGGCACAAGUGGCAGAAACAUGGAUUAAAGUGCAAAGCUUUGCAUCAAAGCACUUAAUUUAGUCAUGAAAUUUUUGUGAUACUGAUAUUGCAAGCUUCAU